AUAAGGAUGCACAGAGUGCCGCCAAUAGCAGUAGCCCUAAAAAUGUUGCGUUUAUUUCUGUAAUUUUGAAUUAAGACAACCCUUUACUGCUUCUUUGAAAAAAAUGAAGACACCACCUCAGAAACGCGUUUAUCCUAAACUACCUGUGUGGAUCGUGGAGGAUCAUCAUGAUGUUGUGCAACACGUAUAUCGUGCCAUUGGCUCUAAACAUAUUCCAAUGAAAGGCAUUAAGAUGGUCCAUUUGGACUCCCACCCUGACCUUCUCAUUCCUGUGAAUAUGCCUGCUGACACUGUGUAUGACAAAGAGACCCUUCUCAGUGAGCUGAGCAUUGAGAAUUGGAUCAUGCCGAUGGUCUACGCUGGACACAUAUCCACUGUUGCCUGGCUGCAUCCGUACUGGGCUCAGCAAAUCAAAGAAGGGGAGCACACCAUGUUUGUGGGGAGAGAUACAUCCACCACCACCAUAAGAGUCACUAGCACAGACGAUUACUUUCUGAGUGAUGCACUUUAUGUUCCACUGGAUCAACUGGAAAACCCAAAAGAAUUAAACUUACACGUCAUUAGAGUAAAUCCCGCCAACACUUCUCAGAAAAAGGAGUGUGAAAAUGGACAAAGCGGUGCUAAAAUACCUAAAGCAUCUCCUAUAGGACAUGCACAUGUGAAGGGUGCUGAGCAAUCAGAAAUAGAUUCCCCCUGCACUUCCUCUGGUCAUCCACAUAGUGGCAGCACCACACCAGAAAACAGCAGUGACACAAUCACAAAAGCUGAUGAAGGGUCGACAAGCUACAUUUCAAGCAGGCUUGUAUCAGUUAUAGAGCAAAGUGACCCUUUUAUACUUGACAUUGACUUGGAUUUUUUCUCCUGUAAGAACCCUUUCAAGGAAAUGUAUACUCAGGAAGAGUUUGCCCUCCUGCAAGAGUUAUACAGCUUCACCAGGCCAGAUCAAGAGCUAGAUGAGGAGAAUCUCUCAGAUUGUGUGGAGAGACGCACUCACCAGCUUGAAGACCUGGAGGCUGCAUUUGGAGACCUGGUAGAGGAUGACAGCCAGGAAACUAUAGCUCGGUUAGCAGCAAACCCAGGAAUGAAACCUCUAGCCAGACUAGUACAGAGCCUUAAGAAUCGAAAUGAAUCACCAGACUACGAAAUGGUGCACCAAGCCGGCUUGACCUGUGAUUACUCGGAGCUCCCUCACCAUAUCAGCAGUGAGGAAGAGAUCCAGCAAAUGAUCACGGCCGUGCAGCUUUUCCUAGAAGCCCUGCCUAAACCCACAAUAGUUACUAUAUCCAGAUCCAGUUUGGAUGAGUAUUGCCCGGCGGAACAAGUGGAGUCCAUUCAGAAUGAAGUAUUGAACGUUCUUCAGUCCCUCUUCGGCUCCCUCGAUAUUCACAGAGAAUAUCAAUCAAUACCAGCAGAGAGCACAUCACAGACCACAUGAGGGAGAGAGGUUAAAAUUCAGCGCUGGCUGUGGCAUGUUCCCCAUCAUCGGCUGCCUUCAGACUGUCACCGGGAGGCAUUUAAAAACAUGCUGAGAUGUGCCGAGAGCUCUGCGAUUGUCAGCGUUGAGAAGGUGCGCAACAAUGAGGUUUUGAUGGACGUGCAGAGAAGGAAAAGUGCAUUUCAAACUGUUAUGUAAUUGAUUUACUUCAUGUGUUUCUUAACUUAUUUUUAUCCUCUGAGAAACAAAAUAAAAAAAAGAUUCUGCAGGUCUUGCCACACUAUAGGUGAUUUUAGUUACUGGCUGUUCCAAAGUUACAAACUGAGAAAAGAAAUUCAUUAAAGGGUACAAAUCAUAAAGAUCUGACUUUUCCUUGUUUAAAUGCAAUAAUUGUUCCCCCAGUGCUUCUGUCAACCUAGAAAAUGUGAAAAGAUCAACCCAAUAACUUCGUUUUGGUAAACCAUUCUCUGCAAGCAUGUAAAUUAUAAUUUUAAGUAAGGGAUAAUCCACGGCUAGCCAUGCAUUAAAGGGUUUUAAUGCACGAAGUAGAGGCGAAGAACCACCCGACGCGUAGCGGAGGGUGGUUGCCUAAGCGAAGUGCAUUAAAACCCUUUAAUGCAUGGCUAGCCGUGGAUUAUCCCGCUUAUACCUUGGUGUAGCUGUAAUUAAUGUUUACAGUGUAAUUUUUUAACAGACGGGUAAAAUGACGGUCAUUUUCUUAAGUUAAGGCUCGCACUUCAUCCACAUUAAAUAAAGUAGUGCCAUUGUAUUGCUUUUAUUUAAAUGAAUUAAAUGAAUGACAUUAAAUGAAAACAAAAAUCAAACAGUUGGAUAUUUCGAAGCGAUGUUUUAAAAGAGAUAGACAGAUAACUGAAAGAGAAGCACCAGAGAGAGAGAGAGAGAAAGAGAGAGAGCGAGAGAGAGACGCACUUUAAAGAGAGACGUGACACACUCUCGUCUCUCUCGCUCGCUCGCUCGCUCUCUCUCGCUCUCUCUGCAAGUGUAACUGUGUUACUAUGGUUACCAAUGUUUAUAGUAGUGGAUUAAUUUCUUACUGUAAUCAAACUGACUGGAACUACCUGUGCAUUAAACGGUUUUAAUGCACACCUUCCAGCCAAUCAGAAUUGAGUAUUUAAACAGACCAUGGUAUAAUAAAUAUUAAGAGAUAAUAAUUGAUUUUGCAAUUGAGUUUCCAUUUUAACAAGCCACCAUUAUGGCGAUCAGUGUUUGCAUUUCAUCAGCUCAUUUGCAUUUAACCCUCAUAAGCCCCGUUUUUCUGUAUAUGUUAGAGUUCCUUGGGGGAAAAAUUACCCCAGAAAUUAAAAGAUUGAUUACAAAAAUGAUACAAAUAAUAUAUAUAAUUUUUUUUUACUUCCCAUUUAUACAUUAAUUCUGUGUUUUGGGAAAUAUAAAGUACUUUUGUACCCGUUUACCACUAAAUUCCUCAACUACACCAUUAGCUUGCCUGUAAAAUAUAUUUUUUUUAUGAAAAUGUCACAUAAAUUAUAAUCUAAAUUUGAUUUAAAUUGUUUUUAGAUAUUGAUCUAGAUGUUAUGUUUUAAAUUUGGUCAUCUGGUGUUUAGAAAAAAAAAAACAUAUAAGAAUUACAGUUUAGGAAAUAAAUAAUUUUGACCAGCAGAGGCCCAUAGAGACCCAUUCAUUUCACUGGAUUUGGCCAACUGCUCAAAUCACUAUUUUAGUGCUACAUUUUGUGAAUUUUUGUUUAUAUAAACAUUACAAAGGACAUUAAAAAUAAAUAUGAUUUCAAAUAGUAGAUAUUUUCCAAAAUGCCACAGAAAUUUGACUCUGUGUGUGUACGUGUGUGUUUGUGUCUUUAUGUAUGUGUAAGUUUUACUGUGAGUGUGUUUGUACAUGCAUGUGUGGGAGCAUUAGAGCCCACCAGUUUAUAUCUUUGUUUUGCAUCUGUGGCUGUUUUUUGCCAAUUUUUGUAAAAAAUGCUCUCUGUGGCAGUCAUACCUUUGUAUGUAUGUAAGUGUGUGUGUGAUUGAGCAUAUCUUUUCUAUAUUGCAUUUGUGCUGUAAUAUCAGGCCUACUUUUCUUUGUUGAAAUUUUUCAGAUUUAUUCUAGAUGUAUUGAUUUUUUUUUUU